UACCCGCUUGUCCUACUGCCAGUGGUAAUAAUAGGCGACGGCGGCGACGGCGGCGACGACGGCAGCAACGGUAUUUGCUGUAACCUGCUGGUGCCCGUUGCUGUCCCUCCUUCACUACGGAACCAAACGUAACUCAACAUAAUGCAGCAGCCGAUGACAGACUGGCUAAGGCGCUCACAUCACGGCGCUAUCACCACCCACCCCACAGGGGCACUCUGCAGUCCUCCGCUGCUGCUCUGCAAUACCUGGCCGCCAUCUUGGCACACAUGUCUCGGGGGAAAGGGCGUGCGCCGACCCUCUCCCGAUCUUCUCGCCGCGGCAGCGAAGCGGGUUCAGCGCUAUACUGAACUCUUUCAUCAGUUUGUUCUGUCCGAAAUGGGUCGACGAAAAAAGAAUCGGCAGGAUGCUUCUACAAAGAAAAAGAUGGAACUGGGUCUACGCACGAACUUCGUCAAUUCAGAAUGCAGUUUGUUACAUGAUUCGAAGAGUUCGGCUCCGCCCAAUGUGACAAUCGAUGAGUUGGAAAAUAGUGAAAUUGAUUUGUCGAUCAGAUCAUCAUUUAGAUCCGUCGGUACGUCAGAGAACGUAGCCCCAUUUUCGAAAGUUGAGCUCGAAACCCUUCUCGCUCGAAUCGAUGGGCUGCAUAUGAGCGACCAUGACAAGGCGUUGCUCCGGGUUCUGGAAUCAAUAAUUGCAGAAGUAGAAUUCGGCAAUGCGAAUUUCUACGACAUGUACGUGUACUUUAUUCACCGGUUGUGCAUCUCUUCGGCAAAGACCAGUACGAGUGCGCUUGUGGCAUUAAUGCGCUGUUUGGCUCGAGGCGAUUCAACGAAAUUAGUAGAUUCGUUGAUAAUGUCCAUCUGCAGAUCGCUCCGACGAGCACUUAUCGAUCCGUUGGCCAAAGAAGAUCUUGAACUGCUAAUCAGCAGCGUUCUGGAGGAAAGCAGUCUUCAUCUUCUACAGGAGCUUAUCACUGCGAAUGAGUUCGCCAUUUUUCGGAGGACGUGUACAAUGCCACCAGAUCGCGAGAAGGUAUCACUUGCCUUAAAGGCUGCAGGCUGCGCUUUUACUAGUAUCGAAGAUUUGUUGGACAAUGUGAAUCGCAUAGAUGCUGAGAACUCAAGUUGUGUCAAACAGGUAAAGUUGAUUUUACAUUCAGUUUUCACCAAAAAUCGGGAAUUUCUGGAAACGCAUGCGCGCCCUUUGGUGGAAACAUCUCAACGGAUUGGCUAUUGUCCGCCCGAAGCAUUGUCUGUGAUUGUACCUCUACUUCAUGAAGCCAUGAAGAACGGUUUAGCGACAGACAAUUCGAAAAGCUGCUAUGGGAUGGCGCUGUUGUUUCUCGCAAACGUAGAUCUCCAAAAAGUCAAAUCAAAAGAACUGCUAGAGGCGAUAUCUCUCUUGGGACAAAUAUAUAAGCUGGCACCGAGUGCCCUCAGGGAUAUCCUUCCAUGCUUCGCAAGUGUUUAUAAAAACUGCCUUUUAUGUUGCGCAUCACAAAGAGAUAUCAUAGUCCAGGCUCUCCUUAACGAGGCAUUACAUAUUGCUGAGGAGACGAAUGACUAUGAACGACAGCUCGACUUGGUUGGUUUCUUCGAAGAUCUGCAGAAACAGGGAGUUCGCGUGCCUACUGAGGCUUGUGGAGUCCUUGUCGCAAAGGCUACAGGUGUGUCUCUUAUCAACCGAGUGUGCGGUAUUCUUCUGUGGCUGGAAGAGACGAAUGAUAAUAUUGUUGACGAUGAGAUGAUUGCCAAAGUCAAAGAACGAACGCAGGUAUGGUACCCAAUCGCAAAAGAUAAGGCGCAAAGGAUCCGAACUCUGGAAGUGAUUCGAAUCGAGCAGCCUAGUUUGUACCGAUAUAUCAAAACAAGGAAAAGACAAGGACCUGCGGAAGGCUUGCAAGAGAUCUUGUGAAGGACCGCUUUUCUAGCGGCUCAUUAUAUUUUUAUAAUGAAGACCGAAGUUCAUUGCCUGUGCACGCCCUAUAUAGGAAGUCUCUUAAGAACGUCACAAGUGUUCUUAGUAUUCAUGAAAUUAUAGCACAUUUAGUAUAAAUAACUUGACGGGUCAUAGAAAAAUUAAGUACGGCACGUAAUUGACACAAUUACAUAUUAUACGUCCAAGUCAUAUGACACAUACUGAAUUGACCAUUCAAAAACAGUCCAUGCCUUGAGUGUAAAGUGUGUGUAGAUUGAGUAUGAUGUAAAAAAUAGCCAAUAAUGUAUAUAUGUAGAUCAUGAAUACUGGGUGAGGCAGUUGUUGCAUUGUAGCUCGUUAUGAGGAAUGAUAUUACUAUUAUUGACUAUAAAUUGGAAAUAAAAUCAAGUUGUGCGAAAAGCUUUCACGGACAACACAACAUCCAAUGAAGACAAUUUUCUGUGUCAUUUAGAGUAUUUGUACAAAGUUUGGUAUAAUUAAAUUGACUUAUUCUCUCUCACACCGUGUAGCAUUGACUUUUAAAAAAAAGUCAAUUUAAAAAAUAAAAAAACUCGAGUUUCAUCUUUGGCUGCUCCGUGUAAGAUUUCUAUCGAGAAUUCGAUUAAUGAAGAAGGAAAGCCAAGAAACAGUGCUGCAAAAACCAAUACGGAGGAAGCUCAUACAUUGUAGUGCUAUAUCCUACGAUAUGUUUAUAAAUAAUCAUUUUAGUCCUUGCGUGCGAUCGUCAUCAUAAUGUUACGUGGAACUCAAGUUUGAAUAAUGUGAUACUAUGAUACUCAGGCAACAGUGGCUCGAUUGACAACCGUGUUGGAACCUAGCGUUGGCGUUAUGGCAAGCUUAAGGGUAAGGCUCCCACAAAGAACGCUCGACAAAUUUGGCAAUUAUGUGUUUAUUUUCGGUAUUUUUCUCCUGUAAGUAUUUUUGCUUCUUCAUAGUUUUAACCGCAGACCCCAGAUAAAGCUGUUCAAAGCAGUAGCGGUGCUGCCAUGUCACAGUUAAUCAAAAUGGCUAUAGUAGUAACCUAAUGUUUAGAUAACAGAUUCGUGUACAAUAGAAACGAAGUUACAAAAAAGGUAGACUUAUCGCUUAUGUAUUUAUACAUAUAUUUUUUUUAUUUUCUGUGAUUAUAGACUCGAUUGAUAGCCUAUAUGUCAACAAAAAACAUAUAUAUCAGAACAAAUUUUUUUGAUAAUUGUGGAAAGGAUUUAUGUUUGUUCCUUUCUGCGUCUUCUCGAGUACGUUUCGCUGCUUCAGGUCUCGCCAGCGACACAACUCUACUCAAUUUGUUUUGCUGCGUGAUUUUAAUUAUUUAAUGCUGUAACAUGCAUUGUAUUGUCACCAAGUCCGCCAAAUUAGAGCUCAGCAAGGGCACAUGUUCCAUUAAG